CAAAUGAUUCAUUUCUUAUCGCCUUAUAUGGUAACAUAAAUCGCUUUUUUUCCCAAGGUGCAAAACGAGGAAGUCCGUUGAAUAAAACAAGUGUGGAUUUUAAAGUCUUCCCAGUCAUUAGUUGUAACAGGGAUAGAAAGGUUGUAACCAGUUUAGAAAAUUAAAUAAAUUCAAAAUGUGUGACGAUGAUGUAGCAGCUUUGGUAAUUGACAAUGGAUCAGGAAUGUGUAAAGCUGGAUUUGCAGGAGAUGAUGCUCCAAGAGCUGUAUUUCCAUCAAUUGUCGGAAGACCCAGACAUCAGGGUGUAAUGGUUGGUAUGGGACAGAAAGACAGCUACGUUGGUGAUGAAGCCCAGAGCAAGAGAGGAAUCCUUACAUUGAAAUACCCAAUUGAACACGGAAUUGUCACAAACUGGGACGAUAUGGAGAAGAUCUGGCAUCACACUUUCUACAACGAACUCCGUGUAGCACCAGAAGAACAUCCAGUUUUACUGACAGAGGCUCCACUCAACCCUAAAGCCAACAGAGAAAAGAUGACCCAAAUUAUGUUCGAAACCUUUAACUCCCCAGCUAUGUACGUUGCCAUUCAGGCCGUAUUGUCUUUAUAUGCUUCUGGACGUACAACUGGUAUUGUGUUGGACUCUGGUGAUGGUGUAUCCCACACUGUACCCAUCUACGAAGGUUAUGCCCUUCCUCAUGCUAUUAUGAGGUUGGAUCUUGCCGGACGGGAUCUCACAGACUAUUUGAUGAAAAUUCUAACAGAACGUGGAUAUUCUUUCACAACCACAGCCGAAAGAGAAAUCGUUAGAGACAUUAAAGAAAAAUUGUGCUAUGUAGCUUUAGACUUUGAACAAGAAAUGUCCACAGCUGCAUCAUCAUCAUCAUUAGAAAAAAGCUACGAAUUACCUGACGGACAGGUUAUCACUAUCGGUAAUGAAAGAUUCAGGUGUCCAGAGGCUAUGUUACAACCAUCUUUCUUAGGAAUGGAAUCAUCAGGUUUACAUGAAACAACAUUCAACAGUAUCAUGAAAUGUGAUGUUGAUAUCCGUAAAGACUUGUACGCUAAUACCGUUUUAUCUGGUGGUUCAACCAUGUACCCAGGUAUUGCCGACCGUAUGCAGAAAGAAAUCACAGCACUUGCUCCAUCAACAAUGAAAAUCAAAAUUAUUGCUCCACCAGAAAGAAAAUAUUCCGUAUGGAUCGGUGGUUCCAUCUUAGCUUCACUCUCAACCUUCCAACAGAUGUGGAUCAGCAAACAGGAAUACGACGAGGCAGGUCCAUCCAUUGUCCACAGAAAGUGCUUUUAAACUGCUCAGAACAACUAAUUGUUAUGUUAUAUUUUAUGUACAAACAGCAUCCGUUUGUAUCAUUGUUAGAUUCAAACUAUUUUUCUAUCAUUUUUAUAAAGUUCAUUGUUGUACAAAAAUAAAACCAUAAAAUCCG